GGAAGGAGAAGUGUACUGCAGCCCAGAGCAAUCACUAACACACAGGGGGAUUACAUAGUGUUAAACUGGGGGAGGAACAAUACAAAUAGACUUAAAUUAAGGAGGGAGCGGGACUCUUUACAUUUUACACAAAAAUGUCCUAAAAUGGACACCAUACACACUUCCAAUCACAUGACAUGCUGAGGCCUGCCAAUCGCAAGAUGGCUGAAGGUAAAAGUUGACAAAAGAGGAAUCAUAUGACAGAGAAGAUGGCUACACAGUGGCGCUCAAGGGAAAGAAAUUAUUCAGAAGAGCUUGAGUCUUGGUACCUGGAGAGAGUCACUGUGGAAAAUGAGGACUAUCACCCACUGAAACCCAUUACUGUGACUGAAUCUAAGACCAAAAAGGUGGGCCGAAAAGAGAGCACAUCGUCCAGUUCCUCAUCAUGCUCAUCUAAUUCUGUGGCAGAUCCUCUCAGCAGUGUAUUGAUUGGCACAGACCCUCUGUCCCUGUUUGCAGCAACUGCAGAGCCAGUGGCAUCAAAUGUGGAUGUCAAAAGUAAAAAGACUGAGAAUGAAGAAUAUGUUGGAAGUGACUUUGAGCCUUGGUCAAGCAAAAGGGGAGAAAUCCUGGCCAGAUACACAACAACAGAGAAGCUUUCCAUUAAUCUCUUUAUGGGCUCUGACAGAGGCAAACCCACAAACACAGGCUCAGCUGUCUCAGAAAAAGUGAGAACACGACUCGAGGAACUGGAUGACCUUGAAGGAGGAUCACAAAAAGAACUAUUAAAUUUAACUCAGCAAGAUUACAUUAGUCGUAUUGAGGAGCUGAACCAGUCACUAAAGGAUGCUUGGGCAUCAGAUCAAAAAGUCAAAGCUCUAAAGAUUGUUAUACAGUGCUCUAAACUUCUCUCAGACACAACGGUGAUCCAGUUUUACCCAAGCAAAUUUGUGUUAAUUACCGAUAUCCUGGACACUUUUGUUUCUUCCAGUCUCCAGCAAAAUGUUAUAAAGUUCUUAACAAUGUUUUUAAUCAGCUAUGUGGAGGCAGCAAUAUUGAAGUGCAACACGUUUCUCUCUAAAACAGGACUAUCAGAGAGUCUUCCCCGUCUAACAUCUAUGAUCAGAGGCAUAGGUGACCCUCUAGUGGCAGUGUAUGCCAGAGCGUAUCUCUGCAGGGUUGGAAUGGAAGUGGCUCCUAAUGUGAAAGAAAGUCUCAACCGGAACUUUUUUGACUUCUUGCUUACAUUUAAGCUGCCUUCCCAGAUUCACAGUGACACAGUGCAAAAUCAGCUGGCUGUUCAGGCUGUAGAGAUUCCAGUUUACCUCACACUGUAUUCUCCUGCCAUUGACUGGAUGUUACGCUGCAUUGCAUAUCGUGCUCCAGAGCAUCUACUAUUUCGCUCACUUGGAUUAAACCUGGCUUUGGCUGACCCUCCUGAGAAUGACAGACUUCAGAUUUUAAACGAAGCUUGGAAAGUCAUCACUAAGUUAAGAAAUCCACAGGAUUACAUUAACUGUGCAGAAGUUUGGGUUGAGUACACAUGCAGGCAUUUUACGUUGGGACAGGUGAAUACUAUUCUGGCAGAUAUAAUUAAGCACUUGACUCCAGAUCGUGCAUUUGAGGAUGCAUAUCAACAGUUACAGUCCGUAAUAACGAAGGUUAUUACUCAUUUCCAAGACUUUUCUGUCCUUUUCUCUGUGGAGAAAUUCCUUCCAUUUUUGGAUGUGUUCCAGAAAGAAAGUGUUAGAGUGGAGGUUUGCAAGUGCAUCAUGGAAGCUUUUAUUCGGCAUCAGCAGGAAGUGACAAAAGAUCCAGUCAUACUCAAUGCUCUUCUUCAUGUAUGCAAGACCAUGCAUGACUCCGUGAAUGCUCUGACCCUUGAAGAUGAAAAGAGAACAUUGGCUAAUUUGAUAAACGGGUUUAUACGAAUGGUCUCUUUUGGACGGGACUUUGAACAGCAGCUGAGUUUUUACGUGGAAACCAGAUCAAUGUUUUGUAAUCUAGAGCCUGUGCUUAUCCAGUUAAUUCAUAGUGUGAACCAUCUUGCCAUGGAGACAAAAAAGGUGAUGAAAGGAAAUCAUUCAAGGAAGACUGCCUCAUUUGUCAGGGCUUGUGUUGCCUUCUCCUUUAUAACCAUCCCGUCUCUUACUAGCGUCUUCACACGGCUCAAUCUGUACCUGCUUUCAGGCCAGGUGGCCCUAGCAAAUCAGUGCCUUUCACAAGGUGACGGAUGCCUUAAAGCGGCAGUAAGCCUUGUUCCCGAUGUCCCAAAGACUGUCAAUAUAGAUGGGAAGAUGCGAUCCUCGGAACCCUUUAUCUUGGAGUUCCUUGCCAAUUUCUUCUCCACGUUAUUGGUUGUUCCUGAUCAUCCAGAACAAGGAGUUCUGUUUCUAGUACGGGGUCUUCUAAAUGUCAUAGAGGAUUACACAUGGGAAGAUAAUAGUGAUGAUAAAGUGCAGAUCUACACCAGCGUGUUACAUCUCCUUGCUGCCUUAAGCCAAGGAAGCUAUUUGUAUCAUGUGGACAAAGUUGACUCUAACGAUAAUCUUUACGGAGGAGAUAAAAAGUUCCUGGCGGAAAUUAACCGACUUUGUGAUACGCUAAUAGGACAAAUUUUGGAACAUCUGAAGACCCUGGGGAAAGAAAAAGUACAUAUAAAAUAAAUUAAAAAUAAAACUAUGGUCACCUUAUUGAUCUUUUGUUCUCUUGCCAUUGCUUGUGCCAAAUUGUCAGAAAAUGACUGUGUAUCCUCCAUAUAAGCAGGGUGUGCAAUGAUAAUCUGAUUUAAUUUUACAAGUACAGUUAUGGAAUCUGUUAUCUGGAAACUUGUUAUCCAGAAAGCUCUGAAUUACAGGAAGACCACCUUCCGCAGA